AUGAUCAACGAAGGAGCAAAGAAGAGUGAUCGGAGCAGCCAGUAUAGAUAUCAUGUGGACUUCAACUCAGAUGUGCCAGCAGAAACUGCUGAGCUGUGGGUCGGUACUCCCUACGCGGCCUGGAUCGAGAAAGAUGUACAGAGAAGGUACGCCAAGGAGUACACAAAGAAGGUCCAAGACUUGGAACAAAAACUGGACAAUGAGGUGAGGCGGAGAAGAGUGCUUGAAGCACAGCUGGAGGAAGCGAAUGAACAGUUGAAGCAGAUCCCAGAGCUACAGGAGCAGUUGCUGCAGUCCAAGUUGCUAAUGCUGAAGCAAGUCGAGAAAGGAGUGGCUGCAGUGGGACUGGGAAAUCUUCAUGCUGUGUGCCGUGUCGUUUUGUCGGAAUGGCGGAGACUGGCAACGGGCAAGAUCGUGGACCGGCUGCGUCGCCGAGCGCCAGAUGCUGGUCGCUGCCACUUCGAGAUGGUGCAGUUGCAUGAGGAAGGCAUGGAACACCUCAAGGCUCUCCACUUGCGGAUGUUGAACACCGUCGAGCGUUUUAUGGACAAAGAUGCCAUGAUCAUCCGUGAGAACGAGGAACCAUGGCCAUGUUCGGUGGAAAAAACUUGUGAAGUGAGGCAGCUCGGCCCCGCAAGUUACUCUGCCGGAGGCUGGAACUGGACAGAGAAAGUGAUCCGGAUGCCACUGGAAUUUCCGGGUCUUCAAUAUGGACCAGACAACGAUCUGCUGCCCAUAGGAUGCAAGUUCUCCCACGGCAUGGCAGUAAGCAAGCUGGGAAAGCGCUUAGCAGGAUAUGACGCCGGAGAAAUUGGAGAAGACCGCAACGUCAUGGUGGAAAGGACUCAGGUGACCACGAAGCUUCCUUCAGUAGGUAGAAGCAAUUCCCUGCCGUCCAUAGAGCCUGCGGAACCCACUGAAAUGAGAGCUGAGAAGAGGAAACCUGCGAAACUGCCUAAGCAACUUGGAGUGACCACCAAGCUUCCUCCAUUGGGUAGAAGUAAUUCCCUGCCGUGCAUAGCGCCUGCGGAGCAAACUGAAACGAAGAGAGCAGAUCAGAGGAAACCCGCGAAACCUAAGAGGCGAUCAAGAGUUCGCUUUAACCCCCAGCUCAAUGAGGAAUUUCGUUUGAUCGACUGCCAGGAAAGCUGGGUGUAG